UCAUCUUCUCAUGUCUUAAAAAACAUAAACCUCUCUCCUCUCAUUUGAUCCACUCACACAAAACAUAGACCUUGAGCCUCAUCAUCUUCCUCACUUGUCAAAAACCCAGACCCCCUUGGUCUCUCCCUCUCGAUGUCAGCUCCGGCAGCCGAAGCCGGAGGUCCGACCGGACACCGAUACUCAUGUCCUCGCCGUUUAAUGGCCGGCCGCCACCGCCACGGUGGUGGCGUACGACGAAGACGCAAACAGAGGAGAGAGAGAGAGAGUAAUCGGAGGAGAGAGAUGGGCACGACAGCGGCGGCAAACGAAGGUGCCGUCUCUGAAAACGCCAAGAACGACGGCGGUGGUGUUCGUUGUUCCCGACGAGAAACCGAUCUGCCGGUGUGGUGGUGGUGCGGGGUUGUUGGUGCGGGAUGGUGGUUGGGGGUGAUGGUAAUGGUAAUGUCUGGUGGUAAUGGAGGCGGUGGAUGGUGAGUGAGGAUGGUGAUUUUCUGGGUUUUAGAUGUUCUUGAAGAUGAUGUUCUUGAUUUUAUGUGUUUUGAUGAUGAUGUUUGAAGAUGAACGAUCUCUGGG